GCAAGACUGGAAAACUACGACACCACUGAACAGGAAGAGGAUGGCCAACACACUCGAUCAGAAGGACUGUCUGACAAAAAAACAGGACGAACUCAUAUCAGAAAACGCACCCGAUGGAGAGAAGAGAAAACUGGUCGAAGAAUCCGAUCAGGAACCCUCGUCGAAGAAGUCUCGAUCAACUGGCGAUCCGGGCCAGAGAGAAGAACCAGCUCUCGUAGCCAACGGAGCUCCUGGGCCAGAACCUGAAUUGACAACCCCACCAAAGUCAGACUCGGAAGAAAAGAAGAAGUCGCUCGACUCAGGGCCACAGGAGGCUAGCUCGGGAGAAAGCCUACUGGAUUCAGUCGAUAUGACUCAAACCUGUCUUUCCGAGCAGCAAGUCGGGAUCUGCAAGUACAUCAACCCUAACUUACCCACCUUUUCGGCCAUCCUCAAACACCGAUUUACCGACUUCAUGGUCCAUGAAGUCAAUACAUCUGAUCAAGUCAUACAUCUGAAAGAUAUCGGCGAUCCCUCCAAGGAACCCACCCGUGAUCCUGCCCCAGAACUACCCAAACUGAAACCUCAGAGCCUCAACGAAUGGCCAGAAACCGCGCAGGAAAAAUUGACCGAUAUUUUGGGUCAAGAGAAACUAGCGGCACUCAAAAAGUUUGUGGAACACGGGCCUCCCCAAAAAGCACGGAAUAACGGCAAGAGUAAACCAGCUCAACCAACCUCCGCGCCAAACACCACACCCAGUACUACUGUCGAUACCCCGGAAAGCAAAAAAACAGACAACCAAGACCCUAACAAAGCAGAAAACUCCAAUGAAGAUACAUUGAGUCAAAGCAGUAUCCCUACGAGCAUCGUAUCUGAUCCAAUCGACUCAAAAGACAAACGCAAACAAUUUCAUCAAGCUAUCAGGGAAGUUUUCCAGGGUAGACUGAUCACCGAACACAAAGAGCUAGACGGAGAGACUUCUGCUAUCGAAAUCAGUUGGGCUCGACCCGGAAAAAAUAGCGAAAGGCGACCCAAACCGGUCGAUCACAAUCCACCCUACGUCCACUUCACCCUCCAAAAGACAAACCGCGAGACACAAGAUGCGCUUUCUAUCAUUUCGCGCAAUCUUCAUUGCCACGUAUCCAGGGACUUGGCGAUUUCAGGCACCAAGGAUAAACGAUCAGUCAGCUGCCAGAGGGUCAGUCUGAAGCGGGGCAAGCGGACCGUUGGAGACGUCUGGGAAACGCUGAACAAUAUCAGAAGAAAUCAAAAGUUUGGUAAACCGAUCACGUUCACUCAAAGAGGCGACAAGGGCAUUCGGGUUGGAGAUUUCACCUACGAGAGUGCGCCUUUGAAACUUGGAGAAUUGAAUGGUAAUCGAUUCACUGUUGUCCUUCGGGACGUGAAUCCUACUCAGCCCGAAAUAUUAAAAGAGGCAGUUAAAACGCUCUCGACGCACGGAUUCUUGAACUAUUUCGGCAUGCAACGAUUUGGCACAACCUCUGUUGGCACUCAUAUCGUUGGACUAAGCCUUCUUCAGGCUAAUUGGGACCUGGCCAUCGAUCUGAUCAUGCGCAAGAAGUUGGGCGAAACCCAAGACUCUGAACUGGCACGGUCGUUGUGGGAAGACAAGAAGGAUGCCAAGGGUGCCCUGGAUCUUAUGCCAAGAAGAUGUGUUGCUGAGAGGUGUAUCCUCCAGUUUUUUUCCAAGCAAGCAGUAAAAACGGACAAAUGUGGCGCAUUAGCCAGUAUUCCUAAAAACCUCAAGAUGAUGUACAUCCACGCCUAUCAAUCCUACAUCUGGAACACCAUUCUAUCCCGUCGUGUUGAGCUGUAUGGUUGUGACAAACCUGUCAUUGGUGAUUUGGUCCUGUUAGACAGCGGUAAAACUCAUGAACUGAUCGAAGACGAAGAGGCAUUUGAGACCAUCGUUGAUGCUCAGACCAAGCCCAAGUCCAACAAUACUCCCUCCGUCAAAGUGCUCAAAACGGUGGAGGACUGUGAAACAUUUACGAUUUAUGACGUCGUCUUGCCCUUGGUUGGCUACAAUAUCGUCUACCCCGAGAAUGAACUGGGUGAUCAAUACUUGAAGAUCAUCAGACAAGACGGUUUGGAUCCCGAUAAACUAUAUAGAAGUCAGGCUGAAUACUCGAUGGGAGGAACUUACCGCAAGAUCUUGCAUCUACCGCGAGAUGUCCAGAGUCAAGUGUACGAAUACGAAGACCCAGAUCUACCACUGACCCAAGCGGAUGAAGACAGUCUGCUGGGAUUCGAGCUUCCUAAUCUCAAAGAAUGGACAGCCGAAUCGGCCGAACAGAAGAAAAACUUGGCCCUCAAAGUUGAGUUUACCUUGGGCAGCUCUGCAUACGCUACUAUGGCUCUCCGGGAAAUCUUGAAGAGUGACACUGGCAAAGAGGCGCAAUCUAGAAUGACCCAGCGGCUAAGGGAGCGCAUGGUCCAUACUUGUCCGGAAUCUGAUCCCACCACCCUCCAACCAGAACCUGAAACUACUUCAUAAUCAGCCACUCUGUUUUCUUAUUCUUCCGGUUGAUCUAGAUUAUUUCUAUCUUCAUCAUUCAUUGCUAAGAAUAUGCUUGCGGAUGCCGCUGAAUGUCUCUAUCGUAUUGUGAGAUGUCCUGAAAAACAUCGAUGACUUUCUCGAGCCAAAAAACACAAACAUUGUUCUUCUUGACUAACGCUAAUAGUGUGAAUCUAUCAGCUACGCAAUCAAACAUGGCUUACGAUCCGGAAAUGAGGCUAGAUAGGUACAAUGAACUCUCAUUCCCUAAGCACGCGUGGAGAUGUACAUACUCUCCUAGCCGAUGCUUUUUUAUCACCCGUCGGAAUGUUUAUUAUUUAACUCAUGAAUGUGCUCA